AUGAAUAACGAUCUUAGCCUCUCGAGGGCUCUGGGUGGCCUACGCAUUGCAAACCCAGACGAUUCCACACCGGGCCCAUCUCAAGAAGCCGACGAAGACGUCAAUGUGCCCGUGUCAAACCAAAUCACUCCCGAUGCUCGCCCCUCCGAGUCCGACUCUUACACGGGACAGAGUAGACCUCAGACGGCAGAGAUGUCAACGGCUAUCUCCGGUAUGAUAGUUGAUGCUCAGGGCCAAGCAUCUGCAUAUGCACAAAAUGGAGCGUCACCAUACGCGAACCCCUCUCCUUCCCGGCCUCCAUCUGGACUAUAUAGUACUGCAACAGCAGCGGAACGGGAUCAAGCUGCAAACUCUUAUCAUAUCUUGAGAACAGAACCGUCCAGGACGCCUGUGUAUUCAAAUAAGAUUGACUCGAGAACGCCUUCCGAGUAUGCGCCAAGUAUCCCUUCCCGCGAACCGAGUUACCGGGAACGACCAUAUAAUCAGAACCGCCAGCUCCAAGCUGUAUCUGGGGGUGGUCCUUUACCUCCUAGGAGGAGUUCGAAAGGCAUGGGUGGUGGCUAUGCUUCAAUCCCCGGUGUCCCUACUGUUCCCGAACCUCGUGGUCUUGGGUUAGACAUGCAGGUGUCCAAUAGUAGCGAGGAGUGGAAAGAUAGGGGAGCCGCCGUUUCGAUACGGAAGGAAGUAGACUCCAACGGAAAAACUAUUAUGAGGCCAGUUAAGAAGGGCGUGCGAGACUUUGCCUUCGGCCGCGUUUUAGGGGAGGGUUCAUAUAGCACAGUAUAUCUCGCUACGGAUCGGCAGACUCUUAAAGAGUAUGCUAUAAAGGUUCUCGAAAAGAAGCACAUUAUCAAGGAAAGAAAGAUAAAAUACGUCAACAUCGAGAAGGAUACCCUCAACCGCCUCACCGAACAUCCUGGUAUCGUACGACUCUACUACACCUUCCAAGAUGAAAAUUCCUUGUAUUACGUUUUAGAUCUCUGCAAUGGUGGCGAGCUCUUAGGUGUGUUGAAAAAGACAGGCACAUUCGAUGUAGAUUGUACGAGGUUCUUUGGGGCUCAGAUCCUAGAUGCUAUCGAAUAUAUGCAUUCGCGCGGCGUCAUCCACAGGGAUUUGAAGCCCGAGAAUGUUCUCCUCGACGACCAACUACAUGUCAAAAUCACCGAUUUUGGGACAGCUAGGCUAUUGAGCGAUCCGAGAGCGCCGCAGGCUCCUCCUAGAAUCGAAGAUAUGGGGACCAGCUCUAGGAGUAAAGAGGAGGGCGACGAUAACCGUGCAGCAUCCUUCGUGGGUACAGCCGAAUAUGUUAGCCCCGAGCUCCUCACCAACAAAAACGCGUGCAAGGCAAGCGAUUUAUGGGCGUUUGGUUGCAUUAUCUAUCAAUUACUAGCUGGUCGGCCACCUUUCAAAGCUGGGUCAGAGUAUUUGACGUUCCAAAAGAUCGUUAACCUUGAUUAUGAAUUCCCUGUAGGGUUUCCUCCUGCUGCGAGGGAUCUGAUUGAACGUUGUCUAGUUCUAGAUCCAGCAAGGCGCCUUACGAUCGAACACAUCAAAAACCAUGAAUUCUUCGAAGGUCAGCAGUUCGGUAAGGUCUUGUGGAAGACAAAGGCACCGCGACUGCGACCGUACGUUCCGCCAUCUCAAGAGCCUAAGAUAAUCCAACUUAAUGGAUCGCCCUCUGGCCAGCAGCCUUCAUCCCGACCUGCUACGACGGGGAACGGCCUCAACGGCCCUUCUCGUGCGCCAGGGAGGAUUAUUACUGACAUUCCGCCACCAUCGCAACUUGAUAUUGAGUGGUCACCUGUGUUGACGAGGACGAAUGAGAGGAUUUUGCGACUUGGCGACCUUAUGGUCAUGUCGUCGCCAAUUCCGAACAGUCCACAUAACAAAGGCGACGAGGGUCAUAGGAAAUUCUCUCGAUUUUUUGGUGGUAGCACAACGAAGAAGAGGCAACGGCUGGUUAUGAUCACUUCUAGUGGGAGGAUCGUCUUGGCCCCGGCUGGAGGGGAAGAGAAAAAGACGAAAUUAGAGAUAUCGCUUUUGACACCAGACUGUUCGUGGAAGAGCCAGGUGGACGCAAAGGGACAGACCGUGUGGUGUGUUGAUUCGGCUGGCAUUCACUAUACCUUUGAAGAUGUCAAGCCACCUUCUUCACUCGAACCGCCUCGUCCCACCGCGGACGAUUGGCUUGAGAGUUUACAGCAAGCCAGAGAUAUUGCGAUAUCUUCUAACCUUAGCCGUUCAUAUACUAGCGACAACGCUUUUGGGGAGAUGUCAUCGUCAAUGUCUAGCCCAGCGAGUACUUUCGGACCAGAAGGCUACAACAUCAAUGAUAGGUCUCAUCGCAAUCACCUGAGCAAAAGCCAGGCAAGCCUGGAGGAUACAACGAAUGCGAAACGUAAUCGAUUCAGCAAGCGGCAAUCUAAACAGGGAUUAGGCUCGGCUUUUUAG